GCCCUCCACCCAAACCUUCUAACUCUCUUUUUCUUCCUCUCUCUAUUACUACUUUCUUUCUUUCCCUUCCCUCUCUCUUUCCUUCACACUUGAAACUUGAGAACAUGGACUAUCAGCGCACCUCUCUUCUAAAUUGUGCUUACUUCUUCCAAGGAAAGUCAAUGGAGGAAGUGAGACAGUCCCUUGUAUACACCACUCUGGAGCUUGAACAAACAAGAUUUGCAGUACAAGAAGAGCUAAGAAAGAGGGAUGAUCAACUUCUUAAUCUAAAGGAUCUUCUUAACAAUACCAUAAGAGAAAGAGAUGAAGCACAAGAGAAAUGCCAGAGACUUCUCUUGGAAAAGUUCCUUUUCCAACACCAACAGCAGCAGCAGCAGCAACAAGCAGAUCCUAAUUCUGGAGUUUCCAGCAUUGAGGAUGAACCCAGAAGAGGAAUUGACUCCAACAAUGGCCUCUCUUCAUCAGAUUGUGAAGAAAGCAUUGUUUCCUCUCCAGUUUUUGAUAACAUGCCUCAACCACAAUUUCCACUACCAUUACCAUCAGUGGCACAAUCCAUGAUUGAGCUAACACCAGAAAAGCCAUUACCAGAAAAGGGUAAGCUUUUACAGGCAGUGAUGAAAGCUGGCCCUCUGCUUCAGACUCUGCUCCUGGCAGGGCCACUUCCUCAAUGGAGACACCCACCACCACCACUUGAGUCCUUUGAGAUUCCCCCUGUCACCAUACCCUCACCACCACUACAGCCACCACAACAACCACCGCAGCUCCUCCACCAAGAGUCCUUUUUCAACGGUAGCAGCAGCACUAGUACUCAUUCCCAGUGUGGAAGAGUCAGUAGAAAAAGGAUCUUCUGUGAUGGCUCUGACUCUCCUUCAGAGACCAAGUUCCAAAGGGUUGUACUUCACUGACUUCUACCAAGUCAGAUUUUUACCCAUAGUUUUUCAAUUUAUAUAUCAGCAAUUUCACAGGAUUAAGAGUAGCAAGAUGAUAUGCAAUUAAUCUAGCAUCUGUACAGUGGUUUGUUUUAGGACACAAGUUAGUGCAUAUUUGGAAACAUUUCUACAGUUGAUCCUGAAGGCAGAAUCAAAUCUGGUGAGAAGUUUGUCUGAGCAGUUUUUGAGUUUCAGAAUUAAUUCCGAUGAUGGAAGAGAAACUAAUACAAACAUGCUGUUAACUCAUUAAGGGAGGAAGAAAAGAAACUAAGGAAGUGCUUGAUUUAGGCCAUGUUUGGGGUGAAGAAUUUAUCCUUGGCAUUUUCCCCUCUUCACAUUCUACUUUAUGUUGAUUUAUCCUUGAUUUCUCUGAUUGUAACAAUCAAUGAUACUGUAUGUGAUUAGAGUGUGUGUGUGUGUCAGUGUGUGUGUUUGUGACUUGAGUGAGUGAGGGAUUGGGUGUGGAGUGGUUGGUUUGGGAGGUGAGUGUGACCAACAACCAAAGGAAGGUCUUUGAGCUCUGCUUGUCGGGUUAGAGGGACCCAAAUUUAGAAUUAGCAUCUAUUACUUGCGUGAUGUAUGAUUAUGUUCAAGCUUUUUCUUAGGGAAGUUAUGAUUAUGCAGGUCUAA